GCAAACAUUAGUUGCCGGGGAAACAGAACGCUUAGUACAAGACAACGCCAGCAAGCAGUGCGUAAAGUGAAGAAAAUUGAUAACUAUCCUCAAUAAACCGAGGAAAAUGACACGGCUUUGUAUCUGUGACAUGUGCAGCUGUGGCCGCCACCGUUGCACACACCAGCCCACAGCACUUUACAAGAAAGGCAGUCAGACUAAUGUGUUGUCAGAGUACUCUGAGAAGUAUCCUGCCUAUAAAGGGCAAAUGCGGCCCAAGAGCCUCAAGCCCCAGCUGCAGUAUAAAGCUCAUCAGGACACGAUGGAAGGAACAACCACCUUCAGGAUGGACUAUAUCCCGUAUAUGAUCACCCGUCGCCCUGAGAAGCCGCAGGCCGAGUACAAGCCCAAGCCUGGAGAGAUUGACUUAGGAACGACCUAUAAUCAAGACUUCAACCCUUAUGAAGUGCAACCUUUUGUUCCUUCGCGUCCUAAAGAGAGAGAUUAUGCCACGAAUGCAAAACUGGACACUGUACCCACCUAUACAGAGGAUUUUCGUCAGUGGGAGAUCAGCAGACGGGAACUGACCAAGCAUGACACACCAUAUCAACCCCCUUCUGCAAAGUUUGGGAAUUCCACGACCUUCCAGGAUGAUUUCGUCCACCGAGGCCUCGUGCCACGAGAGAGCUACAAGCCCCCAAACAUAGCCAAGCUAUCCGAUACUCCUUUCGAAAACAUGACCAGCAACAAGCUCUCUUAUGUUCCACACGCUCUAGAAGCCCGGUACAUUAAACCGCCAAUAGAAUACAAACCCAGCAGCCAACCUUUCCAGGACCUCACCACCCAUCGACAAGACUAUCAAGGCCUGCCGAGUCAUCCAACCAAAAGCUGCAAGCCUGAGCUGCUCAAAGCGGCCACCAACAAGCCCUUCCAGGGCAGCACGGAAUUCCGUGAGCGUUUCCAGCAGUGGCCCGUAUCCCUCCGGCAGAUGCAGAAGUCAGUGGAGUACACGAGUCCAACAGAGCACAUGGACCUGACUACCACCUCGCACACAGACUACAUCAAGCACCAAAUCCAGCCCUUUGUUUCCGCCAAACCCUUCUCACUUCCCACUAAGUCCUCCAGGCCCUUUCAGGGCAACACCACCAUGAGAGAUGACUUCCUGCCGUGGGUGGCGCAGCGUCAAAAAAUUAUCCGGAAACAAGAGGAAAUCCAGCGAGCCAGUGGGAAAAUGGAAGAUCUGACCACUUUCAGGGCCCAUUUCAUUCAGCAUGAGCCUCAGCCUAGUUUUAGCUUCAAGCCCCGAAACGCACCGCUGCGGCCCGACGUUCCCCUUCAGAACCAGACCAUGUACAGCACAGAGUUCACACCCAAGAAGAUCAGCUUGUGUCUGGCCGGUUUAGAGUAUCCACCAGGGUUUGUUUUCGAUAAUUGCGAUGAUCGAGGCCACCGCUUCUUCCGCAAGAUGUCGUCCGCUGACAGGAUUGAGACGCCGAAGGAAAUGGUCUUGACAGCUUAGGAAAAUCAUCAGGUUGUUUCUAUAAAAGGAAACUAGCAUGCAAUACGAUCUCUCUAAAUGAUUGUAGUCCUACAGGGAAUCGUACUGAAUUAUGAUUAAAGGUCAAUGUGUUGAACCUUUCAUAAAACAUUGAUUAUGCAUAGUUAAAAAAAAUGUAUUAGGAUGAAACUGCAAAACAGUUUUGUAGGAUAUAUGUAGUGAAAAUACUAUAAGUUGUCAAAUAAAUCAGUUUUUGACAAUACAAAUUAAUACGCUAGUUAAAAUUUUUUGAUUAAUUUAAACCUUUUCUUCAGCAAGAACAAGUAAAAUUAUUCAGAAGUGACAGCAUAGAUAUUUAUAAUGUUACAAAGAAUGUCUAUUAAAAAAAUGCUGUUCUUUUGACUAGUCUUAAAGAAAUAUAAUACUGUUUCCAGAAAAAUAUGAA